CAGUCUCUCUCAGUCUCUCUCUCUAAUCUAUGCCGGUACACAGAAUCCGAGACACGAUUCGGGGUUUCGGGCAUAGUUUCGGGUUCGGUUUCGGACAGUAUAAAAACAGCGCACGAACUGUGCGGAACUUUACUCUCUCUCUCUCUCUCGGUGUGGGAGAAUCGGACAUGGCUGAUAACGAGAGCUUCGAAGCUCUCCGAGUAGACAAUCCGAAGCCACCGGAAGAAGAAGAAGAAGAGGAGGAAGACGAAGAAGAAGAAGAGCUUGAAGAAUCGGAGGAUGGCGAAGAAGACGAAGAAGACGAAGCGCGAGUCGGUGACUUGCAAGCCGGCGAGUUUCGAGGCUCGGGAACGUUGAAAACCCUAGCGGCGCCUUCUUCGCGUCAGUUGUCAGAGAACGGUCAGUGUGCGGGAUUGCAGGGGAAUUCUACUUCGAAGUCGGUUGGCGGAGCUGAAUUGAAGGAUCAAGGUGGGGAGUCCCAGAAUGAAGUUUUGGCAAGUGUGACAGUCCAGCCUGUUGAUGCUCAGACAAAGAAUCAAUUUCAGUUGUCUGUAUGUCCAACUGCAUCUGAACUAUCACCAACUUCUGUUACACAACCAAUUUCGUCUCUUCCAAGCCCAACUCUACCAGAACAAAGACUUUCACAGGCAAAGAGCAACAAGGAAUGCAUCCCAAAAAUGGACCAACAAAAUUCUUCUGACCUUAAACCUAUAUCUGUUGGCUCUGCUGUGAAAACACCAUCUUCUGAUGGUUACAACUGGCGGAAAUAUGGUCAGAAGCAAGUGAAGAGUCCUAAAGGUUCUCGAAGUUAUUAUAAGUGCACUUUUUCUGAAUGUUGCGCAAAGAAAAUUGAAUGCUCUGAUCACUCAGGUCAUGUAAUAGAGAUUGUUUAUAAAAGCCAACAUAGCCAUGAUCCACCUCGAAAGUUUAAUUGCACGAAGGAAAAUAAGCUUGCAUCAUCUGCUAAGCCCGUUAUAGGGAAUGGCGUCACAGAACAUCCCAUCCAAAGGCUUAGCGAAUCCGAGCCACCCACAGCUUCAAAAGACACUACAAAAGAAACACCCCCAAUUGCUGAAAGAAAACGACAGAACUCAAGUGACUCUGAUGGGAAUUGUGAAAUUAAGGUCAAGGAGGAGCAUGUCAAUGAACCAGAACCAAAAAGAAGAGUGAAGAAAAGCAGCUUGGCACAUACAAGUGCUGUAAUUAAACCUGGCAAGAAACCUAAAUUUGUUGUGCAUGCAGCAGGAGAUGUAGGAAUUUCAGGUGAUGGAUACAGAUGGCGCAAGUAUGGACAGAAAAUGGUGAAGGGAAAUCCUCACCCCAGAAACUACUACAGAUGUACUUCUGCCGGAUGUCCUGUCCGUAAGCACAUUGAGACAGCUGUAGAUAAUGCGAAUGCCGUGAUUAUAACAUAUAAGGGAGUACAUGAUCAUGACAUGCCUGUACCAAAGAAGCGGCAUGGCCCACCAAGUGCUCCUCUUGUAGCUGCUGCUGCCCCUGCUUCCAUGAACAUUGUGCAAUUUAAGAAAACCGACACACUACAGAACCAAGUGUCUUCGACCCAGUGGUCGGUGGACACGGAAGGAGAAUUGACUGGAGAGGCCAUGGAACUUGGAGGUGAGAAAGCAAUGGAAUCGGCUCGCACUCUUCUGAGCAUUGGAUUUGAAAUCAAACCUUGCUGAGAGGCCCAAGGGAAUAAAAGAUGAUUCAUUGGCCUCUAUUUUAGAAGAUCAUGGAGCUGUAUCUAUAUGAAUUAUUGAGUUGGCAGGUUUGAUUUUUCUUUUUCUUUAUUUAUUCUAGUUUGUUUCUCUUCUUUUCUUUUCUUCUCACCCCUCACAACAACAACAACAACAACAAAAAAGAACUUUUGCUUUAGUCUUUCAGUGAACAGUUGUGCAUAUUGGUAUUGUAAUCUCAUGUUUGGAACAGAGUUAAUAGUAGUUUAACGAUACAGAAUUGGCCCUUUUUUCUUAAAA